GUGGAGACAUGAAUAAGCAAAAGGAUAGCACGUGAUCUUCGCACAGUCUCUCCCUUUCUCGCCGGGUUUCCAGCUGCUCCCCACAAAUCUCUCUCUCUCUCUCUCUCUCUCUCUCUCUCUCUCUCUCUCGUUUUAAAUUCUUUUUCUCAGCUCUGAGUCGGAAUUCAUACAUACAUACAUACACGUUUUGAAUUUUUACGUGACCCACAAAAAAAAAAAAAGAGAAGGGGGAAAAAUGAGAGUGAACUCUCUUCUAUAUCUCUUCCUUCUCCUCCGUAUCACCGCCGGCGAAUUCCCGGCGCCGGUGAUGAACUACUUCAACUACUUGUUACCCUCCGAUGCUGUCGCUCUCCUCUCCUUCAAGUCCGCCGCCGAUCUAGACAACAAGCUCUUCUACUCCCUCACCGAGCGCUACGACUACUGUCAGUGGCGCGGCGUCAAGUGCGCCCAGGGCCGUGUCGUCCGCCUCGUCCUCGCCGGCGUCGGUCUCCGUGGCUCCUUCUCUCCGGCCACUCUCAGUCGCCUUGACCAGCUCCGAGUUCUCAGCCUCGAGAACAACUCCCUUUUCGGUCCGGUUCCCGAUCUAUCCUCUCUCGUCAACCUCAAGUCUCUGUUCCUCAGCCGGAAUGGAUUUUCUGGAAUUUUCCCUCGUUCGCUUCUCUUGCUCCAUCGAUUGGUGGUGCUCGACCUCUCCUAUAACAACUUCACUGGUCCGAUUCCUUCUGAGAUCAAUGCUCUGGACCGGCUCACUUCCUUGAAUCUCGAAUUCAACCAGUUCAAUGGAACUCUGCCGUCGCUGAAUCAGUCGUUUCUGAUGGCCUUCAACGUUUCCGGUAACAAUCUCACUGGAACUGUGCCGGUGACGCAGACUCUGUCGAGAUUCGAUGCGUCGGCAUUUUCGCUCAAUCCAGGGCUCUGUGGCGAGAUCAUCAACCGAGCUUGUGCUGCGCGUUCCCCGUUCUUCGGUUCGGCCAACUCCACGUCACCAUCGUCACAAGCGCCACUCGGGCAAAGCGCGCAAUCGCAGAAUGGUGGAGCGGUGGUUCUCCCGCCGGCCGCUUCGGCUAAGAAGAAGAACAGAAGCGGUUUAGUGCUCGGUUUUACCAUCGUCGUGGCGGCGCUGAUAGUUCUCGGUCUCGGCCUCGUCGUGUUCUCACUGGUGAUGAAGAAACGGAGAGACGAGGACGACGGAAUUUACGAACCGAAUCCGAAAGGAGAAGCGUCUGCGCAGGCCCAUAUCCAUUCUCCCAACACACGAGGUGUUCCGAUGUCGAUUUCAAAUUUUGAAACGCAGAAAAGCGGAGAGAAAUCAGAGGAGAAACUUCAAGCCAUAGAGAGGCAAACCCGGAUCCCAAGGAGCGGGAAUCUGGUGUUUUGCGGCGGCGGAGACGGAGAGUCGGGGCAGGGCAUGUACACGCUCGAGCAGCUAAUGCGAGCGUCGGCGGAGCUGCUAGGAAGAGGAUCGGUGGGGACGACGUACAAAGCCGUGCUCGACAGCCAGCUGAUCGUGACGGUGAAGAGGCUCGACGCCGCAAAGACGGCGGUGACUAGCGACGAAGCGUUCGACAACCACAUGGACAUUGUCGGAGGACUCAGGCACCCGAAUCUCGUUCCAAUCAUGGCUUAUUUCCAAUCCAAUGGAGAGAGACUCGUCAUCUACGAUUAUCAACCCAAUGGCAGUCUCUUCAAUCUUAUUCACGGGUCAAGAUCGUCAAGGGCAAAGCCACUACAUUGGACUUCAUGCUUGAAGAUAGCAGAGGAUGCAGCUCAAGGACUGUAUUACAUCCACCAAUCCUCAGAUUUGGUCCAUGGCAACCUUAAAUCCACAAACAUCCUUCUCGGACAAGACUUUGAGGCAUGUUUAACUGAUUACUGCCUCAGUGUCUUAUCAGACCCUUCAAUUGCUCCGGAGGAUCCCGACUCCUCAUGCUACAAAGCUCCUGAAAUCAGAAAAUCAGCUCGUAGACCCACUUCUAAAUGCGACGUUUAUUCAUUCGGCGUCUUCCUCCUCGAGCUUUUGACUGGCAAAAACCCAUCUAAGCACCCUUUCAUGGCGCCUCGUGAUAUGCUGGAUUGGGUUAGAGCUAUGAGGGAAGAAGACGAGGUUUCAGAGGACAACAGGCUGGGGAUGUUGACGGAAAUGGCCUGCGUUUGCCGUGUGACUUCUCCCGAACAAAGGCCGACCAUGAGGCAAGUCAUUAAGAUGAUCCAGGAGAUUAAGGACAGUGUAAUGGCUGAUGAGACCGAUCCUUGCGGGUACUCGUAGAUUUCUCCGGUCAGUUCUUUUUUGUUAAGGGAUCGGAUCAAGUUCGGAGAUUCUGGCAGAGUUAUGGCCGUGGAGAAUAGAGACCCCCAAAAAAAGUUAUAUUUUUUAAACACAAUCGGAAUGAGAAGAGGCAAACAAAAGUUCAUUUGGUGCAGAGUGAAAGCGUUGUGUGUUGAACGUUUCAAAGGUUUGUGCAUAUGUUAUCAGGUCAGGUGUAUGGAUGUAUUUUUCCUGAAAGUUUAAUUUUUAGAAAUUCUAUUUAUUAUAAUAAUAAUAAUGUUAAGUUUGUUUGAUACAAUGAUGAUGAUGAUGAUCUGGUUCGCAUCAUAGAAAUAUG